UGCCUAUAAUGCCACCUCCAUCUCCAUGACUACGUUUCCUGUGACUCCUUACUCCUCCCAAAGUCAACGUUCUUCAAUUUCUCCCAAAUCCUUUUCUGGGUUUCGCCUCCCAUUCCGAAAUCUCAGAUGGGUCGCAAGCAAAACGACCUGCAACCCUCCCGUUUUGGAGCUUCCAUACUACUAUUGUUGGGUUUCAUCUCAUGUGCUCUGGUUUACAUUGUUCUCUCUAUUAUCUUAAACCCAAACAACAUUGGUUUUUCAUCAGGUUCUGGCUUUCAGUCGUCAGCAUUGACUGAAGUGGGUAGUGGUGGUGAUGCGAAUGGAGAUUUUGGCAGCGGGUGCUGUAGAGGGAUUGACAAUUUGGAGUUUUGGGGGCCUGCGGUGAAGUGGGGUACGGAUUUCAGGUUAAAUUCCUCCGAGGAGUGUUGCAAGGCUUGUAAGGCAAUGUGUACGGGCGAUGAUGGGCCCUGCUUGUGUGACACUUGGGUGUUCUGUGGGAACCGGGAGGCUUGCGGGUCGCAGUUCGGUCAGUGCUGGUUGAAGAAACAGAAGGAUACUUUGGCUCCGGAGCGGCAAGAAACACAUGAACCUGUUAGUUGGACUUCUGGGCUCAUAUUUGGAAAAGGAGAGGGAAUUGUUGGCUUGGAAACGGAUUAUGGGACUCUUCAUGUAAAACUUUUCCCUGAUGUUGCCCCACAUUCGGUGGCUUACAUUCUUGAAUUGUUGAAGUUACGCCACUGUGCGGGUUGCCAAUUUUAUCGCGCUGAGAGCCGAGGGAAUUCUUGGGAUCGAGAAGGGAACCAUAUAGAAAAUGCUCCUUUUGGUCCGCCUUAUGGCCUAAUCCAAGGAACAUUGGAAGCCGGAGGCCUGACAUUUAAGAAGAUUCCGACAGAAAUUUGCAGAAGUGUAGCAAGGGGUUCAGUUGCAUGGGUUGGCUCUGGCCCAGAAUUUUUCAUAAGCCUAGCAGACCAUCAGGAAUGGAGGAAGGCAUACACUGUAUUUGGUUCUGUUCUUCCAGAGGACAUGGAAAUUGCAGAGAAAAUGGCUCAAUUGCCCAGCAAACUGGAUGUUUGGAACAAUAUCAAUGUAUCUGUCUUGGAGAAACCUGUUCCUUUGUUGGUUCGAAGAAUCAAAACAAGUCAGGGUGAUCUCCGCUCCUUGUGAAUGUAAAAUCAGAUUGAAAUGUUUCCUUGCUACAUUUGUAGACAAAUCUUCUCUCUCUUUUUUUUUCUUCUUUUUUUUUGCCUUUUAUCUCCUGCAGUUUUGUUCAACUGCAUGUUUUGUGACAGUUCGUGUACUUGUAACGUGUUAGUUUCUUUUAAAAUCCCUAUACCAAAAAAAUGAGAAGCCGAUUUUUAUUUUGUA